CUGUUCCCUCCCUGUGCUGUCCCAAAUGAGACAUGUAUUUCUCUCAUGAGAGUGGUAAACUACUUGCUUUUGGAGGGUUUUUGAAAAAGUUGUAUGAAUUUCAGUGACAUGUUGAAAAGGUAUUUUUCACCUAUCUGUUCUAGAGCUAACCAAAUGCUGCUUUUUGCUCUUACAUGAUAGAUUAUCUGUAAAUUAUACUGAGAUUUUAUUUUUGUUAAACUGUUGAAGUGUGCAAAAAGUAUUCUUAUGUUUGUCCAUUUAAAUUAAAAUGAGGUGAUCUCUGGGUGAUUCUUUUGUUAUUGCAGAUAGUAGGGAAUGGAUGGAUUCUUUUUUAGAGAACAAGAUGAAUAGCGAUGAAAUCAUCAGUAUCAUUGAUCCAAAUUGGAUAUUUUAAAAAUUAGUUGUCCUUCUAUAAUAAAGAAUACACAACCUUUUUGCAACCUAUAAUUGCAUCUCAGUCAAUAGCAAUGAAUGUAAUAGGUUAGGAAAAUUGGUUUGGUCUUCCAAAGCCAUGUUCUCUGUCCAGUGCUGUCCCAGCACCUGCAGUCCUCCCCAGUGGAAUCCAGUGCAACUGGAGUAGAACUCCUUUCCUUGUAUGCCAUGCCUGUUAGCUGGGCAGCUAUGGAAGUGAAGGGAGAAGAAAUAAUGCAUCUGAAAUGACACAGAAAUUCCAGUAUAGCUACCAGUAUCCCUGCAAAUGAAUAAAUCAUAACAAAUGAGCUGUGGAGUAGGAAAAAUAUAUCUAAGCUUUCCCAGGAGGAAUGAACUGGACACCCUGAUCAAAGUACACAAUCACUUGAUUGGUACAAGCUGAUCAUGGGGAUCCAGGCACAAGUACAGAAAACAAGGAAGAGAGAGAUCUAGUUAAUCAGUAAUUCCUCACCGUAAUGCAAGUUUGAACAACGAGUACAGUCUCCCAGCAAUAAAGACAGUAUCUCAGCUGAAACACUCUCCAGCACAAGGAUAUUACUCCUUUCUCUCACCAAGAAGAAAAUGAAAAACAAGACAAGUGUUCUUCCUAGAGAAGGAGAAGCCCAACCUUCCAGGUGUCCAGAUAACAGUGCAUUCAAACAGCAGAGGCUGCCAGCUUGGAAGCCCCAGCUCACCAUUGCAUCUGUGCUCUCCUGCUUCUUUCUGACAGGGGCAUUCUGCCUCGCUGUGGGAGUCUGCCUUGUCCUGUCUGCAAACAGCAUCAGAGAAAUACAGAUAGAUUAUUCAGAUAAAUGUUCAGAUUGUUCAAAGCUCCGUGAAAAUUCCUCUAACUGGAAUAAGGAAUGCCACUGUUCUAUUAAUUUCACACUAAAGGAAGAUAUAUUGGGUGAUGUUUUUAUGUACUAUGGUCUGCAAAACUUCUAUCAAAACCACCGUCGAUAUGUGAUAUCAAGAAGUGACGCGCAGCUGUUGGGCCGAAAUGUAAAUAUCCAGAGGAGCAGCUGCGCGCCCUUCAGCACCUACAGGAACGGGACCCCGAUGGCGCCGUGUGGGGCCAUUGCCAACAGCAUGUUCAACGAUACUAUUGAUCUGUUUUACAAUAAUAACUCAUCUAUGAUUCAAGUGCCAUUGCUGAAGACUGGAAACAGUUGGUGGACAGACAAAAAUGUGAAAUUUCGCAAUCCUGAAUCACACAAUCUCUCUUCUGCAUUUGCAGGCACAGCCAGACCUCCUUACUGGCAGAAGCCAGUGUAUCUGUUAGACGAGGAAGAUGAGAGGAACAAUGGUUACGUGAAUGAUGACUUCAUCAUCUGGAUGCGCGUGUCGGCCUUCGCGACGUUCCGGAAUCUCUACCGGCGCGUCAGACGCGUUCGGCGCUUCGCAGAGGGCCUGCCAGCGGGGAAUUACACCUUCCAGAUUUCCUACAAUUUCCCUGUUACCAGAUUCAAGGGGAGGAAGCAUGUGAUUCUUUCAACCGUGGUGUGGAGCGGUGGAAGUAACCCAUUCCUGGGAAUUGCCUACCUGGUUUCUGGCACAGCAGCAACCCUGGCAGGUUUUGUCAUAACUGGCAUCCACUUAAAGCUCAGGAAAAAGAAAACAUACUUUCAGAAGCAAUAAGGUUCACCUUUCUGAACAGAGACAGAAGUAUGCAGUGAACAAAGAAGGUACAGCACAGACCUUUCAGUCUUUCUCCUGAGCUCUGGACCAUUUUCAGUGUCAGGUUUGGUGAAUGUAAGCAAACUGAGGGGCAGGGCUAGUCCACCAUCUGAAACCAAACUUACCUGAGGGGCCAUUCUCAUUAAUGUACGCGUGAGCCUAAAUUUGUUUCCUAGGAAAUUUGUAGUGAGAUGAGCUUCAAACAGCAGAUAGCACAGCAGAUUGAAAUUGCAAUGGCCAAGAAAAUAUGUGGUACCAAUGUCUGGCCAGAAGUCAGGGUCCAUAUUAAUUUCUUACUCAGCCCAUAAUUCAGACAACAUUUCUCUUAACUGGAAUGGAGCUUUGGAUGGGUAAAAAGUGAAGUCUUAUCCAACAAAAAGCUUGAGUAGGUAGAACUUAUUGCUAAAAUCUGCUUCUGGGCCACCUACAUGUGCUUAAUGGCUUGGCUUGGGUUUUAUAUACCAACCAGUUUAUAUCAGUGCAUUCACUCCAGUUUGAUACCUGAUUUGUGGUUGAAUACAGGGCAUUUAUCAGGAGUUCAGAGUUUUUUUAGACCAAAUUUAUUUGAUUUAUCUAGCAGCUGAGAGCUGGAGGGCAUCCAAUCACUUACUUGCAUUUUUUUAAAUUAUGGUUCAAUAAGAAUCCUAAAUGAAAAGCUCCUUUAAUGCAAAAUAUUUUAGCAGAACCAUCUACCUAGUUUAACUAUUAGGCCAAAAUUGCACUCCUACCUAUCCCAUGUGAAAGUUCACAAGUUCUUCCAUGAGACAGAAUGGUAAUUUAUUGUCAAUAAAAAACAAAGCACCAGAAAAUCCAUCAAUUUAAAGUGAACACUGCAGUUCAUGAACAGGAUCAUAAAUUUUUAUGUUUCAUGCUCAGAGUUUUACACAUUUAGGACUUAUUUCCAGUCUCACAAAAUGAAGGAACAGCACUGAAGAAUUUAGGUCAAGCUUACCUUGGUAGGUGUGAAUUUUUUAAAAUAGUUUUUCUGUUGUAAAAGUGCAAGUGGAAUAAAACACUCUCAAUUACUUUCAUAAGUAUUUUGCGUGCCUUGCCUCUCUCCUAAAAAGCCUUCUCACUAGAACAACAAAGAUAUCACAGACUGGAGCCAGAGAAAGGGAUGUGGCACAGGGAGCCUGCAAGCCACUGCCAAGGCAUCUGCUUUUGAGAGUGUCUGGGGCUGGGCAUCUGGUGACCUGUGGCAGAUGACCCCUGCUGAAGGGGUUUGCAGCACAGAAGGUGCAGUUUCCUUGCAGUUCUGCUUUGACGUUGAGCCAUGAGCAGCAGAAGGGGAGCUGCUCUAUUCCCAGCCCAGCCUGGAAGGACAGUCCUUCCCCACCAGUGCUUUGUGCUGGCCAGGAAAGGUUCCUGUCCCCUUUGCUCUUCCUGCUUGGGGCCAGUCACCUCCAUCCUGAAGCUGCAGAAACUGGGUUCCUGCACCUUGCACCUGGAUCUGUCAGGAGCUGUGAAAAACCCCACCCCUCACUGGGCUGGACAAGACAGAGCAUAAAGCAGGGCGUGAAACAAUGCUUAAGGCUGUUAGUCUAAAUCACUUUUAAGAGUGGGAUGUGCUCCUAAAUCUUGUCAGUCCUUUUGAAAAUGUAAUCCCAUGCAGCUCUCUGGAAAGCCCUGAUGGGAUUUCUUGACAAAGCUGAACUUGUUUUCUGGCUCCUAACAUACCAUGGGAACGUCUUUAUUUUUCUCUCUCUCUUUCUUUUAAAUGUUUGGGUUUUUUCGUUGUCUGAGAAACUGACUUUCAAGAAAUGAUAGGGAGUGGUUAAGUCACAAUGCAAUUGUCACAGAUUUCAUUUUUUCUUUAAGUAUCCGGUAAAAGAGUUAGUAAAAGGAGACUGAAUAAUGAGGCAUGUAUUUCAGUGAGUUAGUGUCUACCAGGAAAAAAGUUAUCUAGAAAACAUAGCCCAGCAAGUAGUGUUUGCCCAUUAUCUCCAAGAGGUUUUUGCAGGAACCUCUUCUCUUGAAAUGUAGAUUGUCUUCAAACCCACCCCCCCCAUAGAGAAGACCUGUCUUCAAACAAGUCUUUCUGUUUUUCCAGAAGUUGUCUAAGUCUUUGUUUAUAAACCCAAAAUCCAAUUUUUCAUCUUACCACAGCUUUAAACAUGCCUUACAUCUUUCUGGUACCCCCUGAACAGUGUCCUUGGAAGCUGCUGCUUCAGCUCCAAAUGUUUCUGGUUUUAGCUCUGAGAAGCUCUGCAGUGUCAGGCUGGUUCAGGGUGGUGCUGCCCACACCAGAGCAAUGGGAAUGGCAGGUCUGAUUAAUUCCUCCCAGCAGACAGAAUCUGCCUUGCUCAAAGGCUGGAAAAUAAGUGUUAGCAACCUUCUUAUGCUUCCUUUUGUGCCAGCACUGCAGCCGCACUGUGGGUCUGCCCCCUGUGCCAGACCUUCUCAAGAAACCUUUGCAGGUGUGCUCCUCACACUGGGAAUACUUCUCUAUCUGCAUGUUUGUUAAAUUCCUCUAUGAUGCUGCUGCUGUAUUUUCUUUCAUGCAGGGGCUGGAACAGAAGUGAGGGGCUGGGCUGAAGGACUGGCCAAACCUAACAGAAAGGUGGCAAAAGCCAUCAUUAACUGCUCCUCAUUGUGCCAGGUCCCAGGGGAUUGUCCCCUUUUCUCAGCUGCUGAUAGCAGCAGGAAGCACAAGUCCAGGCACAUAUCCAGUGGGAUAUUGAAUUAAUUUAUCCUGGCUAUUAGGAGAUCAUUAGGUCAGUUGGAUCAGAGAAAGCAACACUGAGGUUUGGAGGGCAGAGUUUUGACACAACCAGAGAUGUUGCACUUUUCCUGAGGUACAAACUGCUUUCAGAAUACCCAGAGUGUUACGACCAGUACUGUGUCUUUGGCACAGUGCUGCUUUGGCCUUGGGCAUUUGAUUUUAUGAAUUAAGAUUAUGGGUCUUGAGUAAAGAGAAAAAAAAAAUUUAAAUGCCUUGGUAAAAAACUUUCCAAAAUAGAAUUUUAAUUAGCUAAUGUAUUAAACAUACUUUCACCAAUAUAAGGGGGCUCUUCUCUCAGAGAGACUGACUUAUGUAGAUUUGACAACUCAGUGCAAAGGUGUCUGGAUUUACGGUUGCUGAAUGACAUUGAGCUGUACCUGAAAAGUCUUAAGUCACAGCAGCACCAUGGGGGCUACAACACAAAGCCAUAAAAGGUUAACUGCCAUUAUUUGUAAUAUCUUGACAUAGCAAAAUUAUUAAAUUGUUGGUUCCUUUGUUACAGCUACCUAAAGCCUCAUCUUGCAUCAUUGCUGCAUUUUCAGUCCCUUUGAGCUAAAUGAAAUUUUGCAGUUUCCUUCACUCUUUCACUCUCAACAAAAGAAAGAUGCAUGUCAGAAAUGAGGUUUAGGUUUGGUGAACUGAAAUUAUUGAUGUCAUAGAUGCUGACAGUACUGUAAAGUGCUUUGUUUUGUUUUGUUUUCCCCAUCUUUUUACCUAGAACAGAUAAAUAAAGGAGGACAUUAUUCAAUUUUUCUUUUUGCAGGAGAGAGGUGAGUGGAUAUUUAGUAAAUGGAAAACUGGACAAAGGAUUCCUGUUAACAGAUGUAAUCUAAACUUAUAUGGUAAAAAUGGUCUAAAAUAGAUAAGUCAAAUGGAAUAUAUGUUUCUGGUGUUUGUUUAUCAUUUUGAAGAUGGCAAUUACAUGUAGGAGCAUCUUCUGGGAUUCUUUAGUUCAGUUUUUAAUAAUGACAAAAAUGUCUGGAGGGGACAAGAGACCAUCAUUAUGAAAAACUUACCUGCAAUUUAAAUCUCAUUUCUAAAUUACAGGGAGCUGUAGGGGACAUUUAUAUUUUAAUGUCAAAACUGUUGUAAUGGUUUUGGUUGCCAGCUCCUUUUAGGAUUAAAUUUCAUUAAUGGAUAUAACUAUAUCUGGAAAGAGAGACAUAAAAAUUAAUCAGGUGUUACAGAAUAUUUCGGUAGCACUUCAGUUAGAGAAUUUUUCCAAGCCUUUUUCAGGCUUUACAGUCUCAUGAAUAUAUGUCCAGUAUUUGUCUGCCUAAAUUGGUUUUUCUGUUUCUAGUCACAGACAUUUGCUUUCAUCUAAAAAUAAAGUGAUGAGUCCUUCAUGUGAAACAGAUAAGCAUGAUCACAGACCUAUAGAAUUUGGAAAAAUAAGUUACAUGCUGCAUCUAUUUUAUAUUAACAGCUGUGUUACAUGCAGAUUAUUAAUAUUAUUGUUUGGAUGGUGUUAUUGUAGUGAUGCACUGCAGUGUAAAAACUUCCUCUGAGAAAUGAAACUCUUAAGAGUAAAGCCAAAGAUGGCAGCUCAGGAAAGUGAGGGCUUUGUGAACCUUGAUAAUAUAAAGAGAAGUUGCAGAGCAAUUUGGAUUUGAGUUAGAUCUAAAAGAGGAGAGAGCAUUUGCUUUUGUCACAUAAGAAGGUGAUGUCAACCCUCACUGGGAGCAGUAGGUUUGAAAGAGCUGAUUUGAGAAAAACCUCUGACCACAAAAUGAGGGGAACAGCAGAAGGGGAAGAAGUACUGGUGCUCUUGGGUGGGGAAGCAAAGAAAUUUGGCUGAGCUGCUCAAGAUGAUGGGAUAUUCUGAUACAUGAUCUGGAAAGCCCAUAUGAUUUUGAGCAGCAGCCAAGUUAAGUAAAAGUCUCUUGGUUUUCAGUGCAGUCUGAGCUACAGUGCAUAGUUUCUGAGCUAAGGUGUUUUGACUGGGUUCUUUAUAAUUGUAUUAUUCCCUACAAUUCCAAGAAUAAUUUGGUUAUGAGCUAAGAGUACCUUGGGCAGCUGCCUUCAGUUUGGUGAUCUCUUGUUUCCAAAAGAGAGAUUGUGGAGCAUUUUUUGUUCUGUUUGGGUCCUGCUUUUUCCUUGGGUUAUAAAAGCCAGGCAGGGUUUCCUGAAGAGUGGGGCUUGUUUUGCUUUUGCUCACGUUCAUGAAUGAAUGCUAAAGCUUAAGGAGGAAUUGGAGGUAUUAGAAAUGCUAAGGAGUAUUAGGGAAAGUGAAAGGGAAAUAGACUGGUGGAGUUUCACCCUUCCAUCCCUGAGAGAAACCCACCAGGAGUCAGAGGACUCCCCUGUCUCCUACCAUCAGGCAGAAGGAGGACACCUGGUAGAUGAAGAGGAGUGGAAAUGGGUCCCUACUCAAGGAGGUAGUGAAAAUUCCUCCCAACCCCCAUCACCUACCUAGGUGCCCCUACAGAAUAGGUAUGAGGCCCUGGAUCCAGAGAGUCAGCCAGAUGAUGUAGAAGAAAGUGAUCUGCUGAAAGUGAUCAGUUAGGCUUCAUCUGUCAGAUGGAUCAGCACCUCUGACACUGAAAAGCAGGGCAGUCAUAGUGGGUGACUCCUGAGGGGAACGGAGGGCCCUGUAUGUCGACUGGACCCGUCCCAGAGAGGUCUGCUGCCUCCCUGGGGCCUGGGUACAGGAUAUCCCUGAGAGACUGCAUGGGCUGAUUCAGCCCUCUGAUUAUUGCCCACUGCUGAUACUCCAGGCUGGCAGGGAUGAGACUGGAAAAAGGAGGGUCAGGGCAAUUAAAAGGGACUUUGGGGCUCUUGGUCAAGUGGUUGAUAGGACCGGGGACAGGUAAUGUUCUGCUCAGUCCCUUUGGUGGCAGGGAUAAAUGAUGAAAGGAACAGGAGAACCCACAUUAUCAGCAAGUGGCUCAAGGGUUGGUGUCAUCAGCAGAAUUUCGGGAUCUUUGAUCAUGGGGCAACUUUCACAGCACCUGGCCCGCUAGAGCCAGAUGGGCUCCAUCUUUCUGUCAAGGGCAAAAGGAUUCUAGCCCAUGAAUUAGUGGGGCUGAUUGAGAGGGCUUUAAACUAGAUUUGAAGGGGGAAGGGGAUGCAGCUGGGCUUUGUGAAAGCAGGUUCAAGGGUGGUAAGCCUGAGAUAGGAGUGAAAUCAGCAGCCCAGCUGAGGUGCAUGUACUCUAAUGAACGCAGUGUGGGUAACAAACAAGAAGAGCUGGAGGCCAUGGUGCAGCAGCAGAACUGUGAUGUAGUUGCCAUCACAGAAACCUGGUGGGAUGACUCACAUGGCUGGAGUGCUGCACUGGAAUGGCUACAAGCUCUUCAGGAGAGACAGAAGAGAGAGAAGAAGUAUAGGGGUGGCCCUUGGACGCCAUAGCUAUUGAAACUAAUGAUGAUGAAGGUGGUGCCUAUGGGUGAGAAUUAAGGGGAAGGCUAAAAAGGCUGCUAUCCUACUGGGAGUCUGUUAUCAUCCACCUAACCAGGAAGAAGAGGUGGACAACUCAUUCCAGCAGCAGCUGGAGAAUGUUUCAGGAUUACCAGCCCUCAUUCUUGUAGGUGACUUUAACCUACCAGACAUUUGGGAACACAGCACAGCAGAGAAGAGGCCAUCCAGGAGGUUCUUAGAGUGUGUGGAGGACAACUUUUUGUCACAGCUGGUGAGCAAGCCUGCCAGGGGAGGGACUAUGUUGGAUCUGUUGUUUGCAAAUAGAGAUGGGCUGGUGGGAGAUGUGGUGGUUGGAAGGUGUCUGGGGCACAGUGAUCAGGAAAUUAUGGAUCUCAAUAUUUGGUGAAGCAAGGAGGGGCAUCAACAAAAUUUCCAGAGAGCAGACUUUGGCCUAUUCAAGAGACUUAUUUUGAGUGUUCCCUGGGAAGCAGCCCUUAAAAACAAAGGAGUUCAGGAAGGAUGGACAUGCUUCAAAACAGACUUCUUGAAGGCACAGGAACAGACUGUCCCUGUGUGUCAAAAGAUGAGCCAACAAGGAAAACAACUGGUCUGGAUGGGCAAGAAGCUUUUGAAGGAGCUAAAAAAAAAAAAAAAAAAAGAGGGUGUAUCAUCUUUGGAAGGAGGGUCAGGUAUCUCAGGAAAUGCUUAAGGGAGUUGCUAGGUCAUGUAGGAAAAAAAUUAGAGAGGCAAAAGCCCAAUUAGAACUCAAUCUGGCCACUUCUGUGAAGGAUAAUAAAAAUAUUUUUAUAAAUACAUUAAUGGCAAGAGGAAAACAAGGACAACCUCCAUUCUCUCUAAGAUGUGGAAAGGAAUUUAGUAACUAAAGAUGAAGAGGCAGAUGUACUUAACAUCUUGUUUCCCUUAGUUUUCAACAUUGACAGGUUAUCGUGUCAGGACAACUGCCCUCUUGUGCUGGUAGAAGGUGUCAGGGAGCAGAAUGGUCCCCCUGUUAUCCAGGAGGAGGCAGUCAGAGAACUGCUGAGACACUUAGAUGCUCACAAAUCUAUGGGACCAGGUGGGAUCCAUCCCAGGGUGAAGAGGGAGCUGGCAGAUGAGCCUGUGAAGCUGCUCUCCAUCAUUUACCAACAGUCCUGGCUCACUGGGGAGGUUCCAGAGGUCUGGAAGCUGGUCAGUGUGAUUCCCAUUCACAACAAGGGUACGAAGGAGGAUCCGGGAAACUCCAGGCCGGUCACCCUGACCUCAGUGCCCAGCAAGAUUAUGGAACAGAUCAUCCUGAGUGCCGUCCCAUGGCACCUCCAGAAUGGCCAGGGAGUCAGACCCAGCCAGCGGGGGUUUAGGAAGGGCAGGUCCCACCUGACAAACCAGAUCUCCUUUUAUGACCAAGUGACCCGCCUGGUGGAUGCAGGAAAGGCUGUGGAUGUUGUGUACCUGGAUUUCAGGAGGGCCUUUGACACUGUCUCCCACAGCCCACUCCUGGAAAAGCUGGCAGCCCAGGGCUUGGAUAGGGCACUCUGUGCUGGGUUAGGAACUGGCUGGAUGGCCAAGCCCAGAGUGGUGGUAAGCAGUGCUGCACCCAGCUGGGGCCAGUCACCAGUGGUGUCCCUCAGGGGUCAGAGCUGGGGCCAGUUCUGUUCAAUGUUUUUAUUGAUGACAUGGAUGAGGGGAUUGAGUCCUUUGUUGGUAAAUUUGCAGAUGACACCAAGCUGGGAGUGUUUGUAGAUCUGUUGGAAGGUAGGAUGGCUCUGCAAAGGGGCCUGGACAGGCUGGAUGGAUGGGCUGAGUCCAAUGGGAUGAAGUUUCUAAGUCCAGGUGCUGAGUCCUGCAUUUUGGCCACAAUAACCCCCUGCAGCACUAUAGGCUGGGGACAGUGUGGCUGGACAGUGCCCAGGCAGAAAGGGACCUGGGGGUACUGGCUGACAUGGACAUGAGCCAGCAGUGUGCCCUGGUGGCCAAGAAGGCCAAUGGCUCCUGGCCUGUGUCAGGAACAGUGUGGCCAGCAGGAGCAGGGAGGUCAUUCUUCCCCUGUACCUGGCACUGGUGAGGCCACACCUUGAGUGCUGUGUCCAGCUCUGGCCCCUCAGUUUGGGAAGGACCUGGAGACGCUUGAGUGCAUCCAGAGGAGGCAACGAGGCUGGAGAGGGGCUUGGAACACAAACCCUGUGAGGAAUGACUGAGGGAGCUGGGGGUGUUUAGCCUGGAGAAAAGGAGACUCAGGGGUGACCUUAUCACUCUACAACUUCCUGAAAGGUGGCUGGAGCCAGGUGGGGAUUGGUCUCUCUCCAGGCAGCAACUGACAGAACCAGAGGACUCAGUCUUAAGUUGCACCAGGGGAAGUUUAGGUUAGACAUCAGGAAAAAUUUCCUCACUGGAAGAGUGAUUACGCACUGGAGUAUUCUGCCCAGGGAGGUGCUGGAGUCACCAUCCCUGGAGGUGUUUAAAAAAAGACUGGAUGUGGCACUCAGUGCCAUGGUUUAGUUGAUGAGGUGGUGUUAGGUCAUAGGUUGGACUUGAUGAUCUCAAAGGUCUUUUCCAACUUAGAACAUUCUGUGAUUCUGUGAAAAUAGCUCAUACUCUGGAAAGCUUAUAUUUCAGAGAGCUCUAACCAAAAUAUCUAGUAUAUACUGAGUAUGUACUAUGUACUCUGUGAACAAAAACACACAGCAUGAAACAAGAUGAAAAGAGGCCCUUUGGUUAUACUCCUAUGCAAUUGCAGUUAAUGUCACUUUGCAGUAAAGUGCCUAAAACUAUUCCUCUCAAACUGAAACCAUUAAAAAAGCUUGUGAAGAAAAUGAAAUUUUCUACUGUGUCAAACCCAGCUACCCAAAGUUAUUUGCUUUUUUCCCUGUGGCAGUUCCUGUCUGUAAUGAAGACUGUUGUGUUACCAGUUAUAGUACUGGAGGAUUCAAACUUUAAGAUUCAGUUAAAAGGUCUUGAGAUCUCUCAGAUAACUUAUAUGCAUCCAUGGGCUGUCUCUGGGCUGUAUACUUAGUGACAGUGAACCUGAAAACACUGGAAAACUAAAUGUGUCCAAGAAACCAGAAUGGUUAAGAGAAAAAAGUAAGGAAGUAGUACCUGCCCAUAGUGCUGGUUGUCACAACCAGUUAAUUAGGGGGGAGAGUGUGGAGCCACUGUGCUGCCUCUGAGGUGGAAUGUGGCACUUAGUGACAGUGCAGAGAGAGGCUUCACAGCAGCUCAGGACAAUGGUAACAUCUGCAGUUAAUAACCCUCCUCCCCACAGAGGCUGUGCUGGGAAAUCUGUCACGGCAACAGGGGACAGCGGGGCCGUGUCCCCAGCACUGGGAGGAAGGAGAGAUUCAAUGCUGGGUGCCAAGGAAAUGUACUGCCACCCACUUCAUCCUGCUGGGUGGCAGGGUGUGCUUCCAAGUUGUGUAAUUUGAUGACAGUCGAAUGGAUGGGCUGGCUUUGGUGGCCUGUGUGGUGCCAUCCCAGUGUGGGACAGCCAGAAAUUGAAAUUAGAAUCACUAAAACUAAUAAAAUAAUCAUCAGUGAGUCAUCAUCUACACCUUACACCCGUGCUUAUAGUCAGAUUUCUGUCUUUUAAGCUUAUGGACAUGAGGCCCAGCAAUGAUCAUGGAAAGCCUUUGAGCAGGUUUUCCUCAUGCACUGUCAUUUCUGGCUGUGCAGUUAAUUAAAAUUGAUCCUGAACAAAGCUGAUGAGCUAAGAAGAAAAGCUGUGGAUAAGAUUUUAUCUCUGCAUGUUCUUGUUACUGAUAAAAUGAAUUAAAUACAAGAACUGUUUAACAUAUGUAUAAACUGUAAUUGUGCCAAUGUGUUUUAAGCUGCAGCUUGAGGAAUUUAUCAUUCAAAUUUCUAAGUUCAUAACUUCACCUCAGUGGAAAGCCAAGAGUUGCUUUUCAAAGGAGGUAAGAAAUUUAGAAAGCAGAGCACAAGCCUGUUGGGCAUUUUGUAUUUCUUUGCUUUUUGGGGGUUUGAUUGGAAUGGAAUGUCUCACACCAUGUAAGGAAAUAGGCUAAGUUUUGUAAUUUGGGACUUGCCCUGAAACUUCUUCUGUCAGCACUUCCCACACCAACCUAACAGGUGACAGUGAUCCUGUCAUAGAAGUAAAUGAAGUAUGAAUGUGUCAGAUGUAAUUUUAAGUGUUCUCAGCUGCUGAAAGAUUAUUUUCUAUAAUUAAUUCAAUUUGAUAAUGCUGAGCUCUUGGGCAAAAUACAUUCUUUUCCUCUGGGGGAGUGGUAUAAUUUUAAAGUUUCAGGCUCAUACCAGAGUUGAGUUGUCCCUAUGUAACAUGUGUGAUCCUCACUGGUGAGUUAAGGGCCUAUGAGGAAAACACUGGAUUGAUCCUUACAUUUUCCAGGCAAUAGCACUUUCCUUCUCUAGUAGGAACAAUAUGAAGUCUGUGGUGUGAUUAUUUUUGAGGCCUUUUGAAGACAGUUUUUAUUUGAAAAUAAGUUAUGCUACUGAACAAAUGUAAAAUAAUUUCUCGUCAUAAUGCAUAGUAUAAAGUGCUUUGUGGUAAAAAUAAUUAUGUUCUGAGCUGAACUUAUUAGAUAUGAAAGAAAAAAAAAUUCUUUUUAUUUUAAAGUGGCAAUAACCCACAUUCAGAAUUCAGACAAUUUUUUUACUUGGUGGGGUUUUUUUAAGUAUUUGCCAUUGGAUAUUUUUACAGUUUAAACAGUCACAGUUUUGCUUUACUAAUUAACCUCCAAGUAGCUGGUAACAAAAUCCACUUGUUUCCAUAGAAUUGUAAAUACUAUGAGGAAGUAAAUUUCAGUGCAAGUGUACUAGAGAAAAGCUGAUUAAAACAGUGGUAUUUUUAUACAAUUGGUUGUAUAGAAAAAAAAGGACUUUACAGGCUGUUUUUCCUCAAGUUAUGUGAGAAUAAGAGUUUGGUUUCAUUUUGCAAAACUUAGUAAUGCUAUCUUCAAUUGGAUCUACAUAUGGCAUCUAACUACAUGUAACUAAUUAUAUGUAAUCAUAUUUACUAUGUACUUCUAAACAAGUAUUGAAUAUACAUUAUUUGUGCAUGUGUUUGGAAGGGAUUAGUUCGGGAAAAAUAACUUUUUUUAAAUUUCUGUUUGGUUCUAAAUGCAGCUUCAUAGUUAGGAGACAUGGAAAGCAUCUGAGGUUGAGUCUGAAGACACACAAAAAAUAAUGCCAGGUGAGGAUUUUUUUAACUAUGUGAAUGAAGAUCUGAAAAUAUUUGUGUUUGCACUGCAGAACUACAGAACGUGAAAACAGUGAUUUUGUCAGAUAUCUUACCAUACAAAAUGAAAGGGGAAAAAAACUUGUUGAAACAGAGUAAAAUUGUAUAUGCAGCUCCUCAGUGACAGUCUGCUGGCUCUGAGAUGUUCUGCAUCCAAGAUGCCGAAAAAUUGUGAAGUUUCAUAACUAGUUAUUUUUAAAAAACCAAACGCUGAAGUGUAACAGUGUUCCCAUGGGAAAACAGCUUCCUUGUACCUCUUUCUGCUUGUACCAACAAAGAAAUUCAUCACUUCACAAUUUAUGAAGGAGGAUUCAGCUGGGAUGCAGUGGGUCAUCUUAGGACUCAUUCUUGCAGGCAGCUGUAUUAGUGCUGGAUAUCAUGUGACUGUCUCAUUAUCAUGUGGGUUUAAAACCUGAUACAAAUGCAAAGAAAUUAAAACUUUUGAAAUAAUCAGUAAUGAUUUCAGUCUUUUGAUGCUGACAAAUUUAGCAUCUGCCACUGUUUGGAGUGAGAAUGCUGCCAGUAGAGGUUUUGGUUUCGUGAGAGACAUUUGGUUUAAUAAUCAGCAUUCGUUUCUGUUUGUUUACUUUAUGCAGAGACCAUACUUUCUGAUUAUGGUUUCAUCUCCCCCUGCUGUGUUGGGAAAAAUGCUAUAAAAUAUGCAUAGAAGCAUAAAUAAUUUGUAUUUUGCUAAGAAAAUAUAAUUGACAUACCAUUGGUUAUAAUCGCCGUUAGGAACUGGAAUUUUGUUAGGAGGUUGGGUCUUUUUCCUUCACAUCGAAGUACUGAAUUUUGAUCCUAUUUAAUGUUGAUGAAAAAAGAUAACUGUUGAAGUAACAUUGCACAAAGUUGCCUUUAAUACAGAUGGCUUAGGAACUUAAGGGGUUUUUUUUUUCCUUUGUUUGGGUAUUUUGUUCUAAAAUUGUCAUUGUAAAACCUGAAGAGAAAAGCAGAGGCUUGUUUGAAGUAUUUUGUCUCAGCAUCUGGAGAAUAUUCUAAUUUUUGUUCUGCAAAUGCAGUCCUGAAUGAAUUACAAAUAUAUUCCGUCAUAGGUAUUUUACAUACACAAGUGAGUUUACACUUUCGUCUGUAUUUUACAAUUCUAUUAUUUCUGAUACCAAAUAUUGUUUUGUGUUCACAAAAGGAGCUAAAAACAAAUCCUGGAUCUCAACAAGAUUCCAGGCAAUCAAUCAGAGUUUUCACUGAUGUGUCAGGAGAUCGAACAUCACAAACCAGUUCAGGAUAGGUGCUGUUUCUAUGUCUGGAUGAGCUCCUGUGCAAGGUACUGCUGCCUGCUAGACUGCAAUGAAUGUAAUUUAUACAUUCCUGAUUCAGUUCCCAUGCAAACUCUGUAGCUUUGUCAAUGGAUCUUCUGUGGGGUGGAGCUUUGAGAUGGAUUUCUGUGGACCUCAACUUAGUGAGCCCCUAAAGAGAAAGAUUUCUCAAUUUUCAAAAGAAAAUGGAACAACAUAAAGAGGAAUCACAGUUAAGGCAACACAAAGACAAACAUAAUAAACCCCACAUGUUCCUGUGGUGUUGGCGUCAGAUCUGCCCUAGCCUUUGAAUGGUAGAAUUUGACCUGUAGGUAAUUGUAAAAGCCCUUUGUUCUUACUUUUUUUCUGAUCAGUUUCCUUUUAGUGUAUGUUGUAUAACACUCCACACUGGUUUAAAACUCUUUUACCUGUACCAAGUCUUCCAGUGAUAUCUGUCCAUUUUUCAUCUCUCCCUUAAACUGAGUUUACUGUGACAGAGCAGACGUGACUUUUAAGUAAGGUUGGUGUCAGUCCCUUUGAAAUAUGAAGGAGUACAAAAUAACACUGGCUUUUUUUGUUUAUUUGCAUCAGGCUCUUAAUUACUUUCUUUCUUUUACUAUCUUCGAGGUAAUAUGCAGAAUUUGUCUGCCUUUUGAUCCUACAAAACACACAUUUAAUGUACCCUCUGCUCUGUCUUCUUUGUAGCCAUUCCUCACUUGCUCCUAAUGAUUACUAUGGAAAUUUCUUUUACGUCUCUUCAGUUCCCGACAUGCAAAGCAGAUGGCUUUUCAAGACUUUGGCAGCUAAGGAAUGUUACUCUACUAUUGACAUAAGAUUUACCCUUUAAACUGCUCUCUCUAAGACACUACAAACCUCCACUGAAAACAGGACUGCAAAAUUUUGCAGUCCCUGGCAGGUCAGGUGUAGCAUUCACAUUCUCUGAAAAAAUCCCUUCACCCAGGAUUUUUCUCCUGGGAAGCUUAGAAGCCUCAGAGAAAAGGAAAACAAUUCUUAUCUCAUUUGCUUCUCCUGUGUUUUGCUCAUUUGGAAUGCGUUUGGAGAUUGUUUACCCAAAGGUGAUUGUUUGAUUGGAUUCUGGUACGAGUUGUUUUGACUCUGGCCAAUCAGAGCCAAGCUGUGUUGGGACUCUGGAAAGAGUCAUGAGUUUUCAUUAUUAGCUUUUUAGCCUUCAGUAAGUAUCCUUUCUGUAUUCUUUAGCAUAGUAUAGUAUAGUAUUCUUUAAUAUAAUAUAGUAUUAUAAAGUACUGAAUUAGCCUUCUGAGAACAUGGAGUCAGAUUCAUCAUUCCUGCCUUCGUCGGGACAUUCCCAGCAAAUACAAUAGGUCAGGGAGUGCACCCAGCUUCCCAAACCAUUAAUAGGGACAUCUGUGUUAGGACAGUUGUUCCACUGCACUUCUCUCCUGCCUGCCUCCACCUGCCUUCCUUCCCCAAGCAAAUUCACAAGAAGCCUUGGCAGAGGCUGCACUUCUGUGCUUUGCUGACAUUGAUGGCAAUUAAGUUUUGACAAAUCCUUUUUAUUAUCCUGUCAUGAAGUAAUUGAUGCUUUCUGUAUUGUCUAUGAGUCAAAACUGAAAAAGCAGAGUCUUUAGGCUGUUUUUAAUCAAAAAAACCCAAAAGCAGAUGGCCAGGUGAGGGGAAACCCAGCUGAGUUCUGAGUUCUCUUCCCACUGCAGAGCAGCACAGAGAAUUCUUCUAUGAACCUUCCAUUCUUCUCUAGCUGGUCAGGUAUUUUGGAGAACAUGCACAACAUGAAAGACAGAAGCUUGUAUUUCUCUUCCUGUAGAUUGGCUGCAGUGCAGCCAGCUGAGCUCUUCUCAGAGGGGGAUGUGUUUCAGUUAAUUAUUUUUCCUCCCCUCUGAAUGCAUUUGGUGUCUUGGUCAUCAGAAAGUUGGGGAAAAAAGCAUGUAUUUCUUUGUGAGCAGGCUUCAGUGAAACAAGUAAAGGAAGAGUACAGUGAGGUUAUACAUGCACAAGAGAGGAUUUAAAAAUUUCUUCAACACAUGAAAAAUCACUCCCAACUUAGGUAUUUUAGGUAAGUGUAUUCAUUAUGCUGAAGGAUGAGGAACACCAAAAAUCUUGCCCCACCCAGAAGAGGAGCAAGACAUGAGAGACUUUUCAAUACUUAGAAGAGCCUCCUUAUCAGAAACAAGAUUGUAGUCUUGGAUAUUCUUUCAGCAGAGAGGCAGCUGCUCACCUCAACUGCAGGUGACUUUAUUGGAUGAUCCAGUGCCUUCUUAUCCCACAUUCACAGCUGGGUGAUUGUGUGAUUUUUGAUGGAGGGGAAAAAAAAAUCACAAUUACUGAAGGUACAGCAGUACAGACCCUAUCUUUGAAUCUACUUUUGAGAGGUUAUAAAGGCAAGAUGUGGAAGGGUUUGAGACAGAUCUGUUUCUGUGAUUUCUGAAAGAGUAUUUUAAUCAUCCAUGCCUUUGUAUCAGCUGCUUUAGAUAAGGAUCAGGUUCCUUAUGCAUACAGCAUUGAUUCUUUUUUUUGAACUAAUAAAACUCAACAUUUUUGCCUUGUUUCAGAAAGCCUCAUAUACUAGCACGGUCCUGAAUGAAUUCCAGAUUCUGGAAUUCAGCCUGGUGUUGCCAAAAGCUGGUUUUGGAGAGCUAAAAAUCUUAUGAAGCUGCAGCAUGUACAGGAGCAAGGCAAGUGAUCGGCAGGCACUUAGAAAAUUAUGUAAGACUUUAUAGUCUAUAAAUAAUUUUUAGGUAUUGUGAGCUCCUUUGCUUUUUAGUUAGCUUAGCUAGCUGAGGUGUCACCAUGAUAUUUUCUGAAAAAUCCCUUUGCCAGGAUUUCUUCUCCUGGGAAGCUGGGAAGCUUCAGCUUCUUCAUGUUUUGCUGCUUUGGAAUGUGAUUUGGAGAAUUGUUUAUCAAGCAUGUGAAUUGUUUUAAUUUAAUAGCCAAUCACUGUCCAGCUGUGUCAGACUCUCUGAUCAGUCAAUGGUUUUUAUUAUUCAUUCUUGUCUAGCCUUCUGAUGUAUCCUUUCUCUUUCUUUAGUAUAGUUUUAGUAUAUAAUUUCUUUUAAUAUCAUAUCAUAAUCAGCCUUCUGAGAACCUGAAGUCAAUUCUCAUCUCUCACCUCGUCCUGGGGACCCAUCAACACCACACUGAGGCAGAGAAGUUUUCCCUGGACUGUUUUUUUUUUUUUCUUUCCCUUUUUUUUUGGAACCAUUUGAACCUGCUCUGGACUGGGACCUGGGGAGCACUGAGAGCUCACACUUUGUGGCCCCGCAGCCUUUGCCAGUGCUGGAAGGACUGAUAACUGUGGAGGGAUAGAAUGUAAGAAAAUAAAGAUAGUGCAGAAGGUAGUCUUUCACCUGAGGAGUUGCAGCCGUACUAAUCAUCAAAGAUUAGGAACAGGCCUACCCUUAAUAGGCCACAGCUGUGUCCAAUAAGAUGAGUGCUACAAAAGAGUGGGUUAGCUGGUUGAGAAGAGAGUUGGAUUUUGUUGGCUGUGAAGGAGACAAUGCUGUCAGGAGCUGCCCAUGAGAAAUCACCGAGAAGGUAUGAGAGCUUUGCAGAUAACAGAGCAACCACCCACAGGAGAGACUUUCUGAAUCUGUCAUCUCUUCAGAGAGGUGAAUGAGUUUUGUCAUCUACUGUUGUUCAUUUUGUGCACUGGGGAGUGCUUUGCCUGUUAAAUGUCAUAGAUGAUAUGUAUAAAUUCAUGCUGAGAAUACAGUAAUCUUGCCUGAUGAAAAUCCUGGCAUACCAAAGGAGGGUUCUGGGAAAUUCCCUCUGAUGAUAUUACAACGAUAUGCACCAAAGUCCUAGCCCGAAUAUUCAUCUCCAGAAAUGUUGAUUCCAGAGGAUUAUUCAUCUGACCAAACCCCAGCAAUAUGCAUUUGAUAUAAGAUAAAUAUGUGUCUCCUAGAAUGUAUGUUGCAGGUGAUUUUCCUCUAACGAGGUGAAUUAUUUACCAGUUUUGAAAAACUCUCAGCAAGAGCGGCAGCAAGAAAGGAAAAACUACGUGAAUGUGCUAAAAGGAUAGGAUCAACAAUAAGAAAGCAAGAAACCCUCCCUGGCAACCCUCAGAGCUUGGAAAUGUAUAAAAAAGACUUUGUGAGAGCUGUCUCUUUGUGAUGCACAGAGGAGAGGAGCCAGAGUGCCCCACCUCUCUCACCCGAUGCUGUUAGCCUGGUUCAGCGCUGAUCUGAUCUCUGCUUGUGGCCUUUUUACGAUUGUAGUUUAAUUAUUGAAUAAAUUCUCCUUAUUAAUCAAA